GCGGAUGACAUCACGGCCGGGAGGCUGCGGCGCGGGCGCGCGGACAUGGCUGCGGCGGCUGCGGCGGCGGCCGCGGGCUGCGCUCGGGCCUGAGCGCCCAGCGCCCUCCCGCGGGGCCGCCGGCCUGUCUGCACUGUCCUCAGGUGCACUGGCCAGGCACCUCUUCGCUUCCUGGACACCUGGGGCUUCCGCCUGUCCAGCCUUCCUAGACCGAACUGCUGGGGAGCCCGGCGUCAGGGGGCGCCACGGAGCCGGGGGAACGGCGAGGCGCUGGCGGGAGCCUCCUGGCGGUGCUCCCCCUACGUCCCACCUCCCUGCACCCCGCCCCGAGGCUGGGGCUUUGGAGGAUGCAGCCCGGGAAGACAUUAACUUUUGGGCCACAUGCAGAAUAGCAUCAUCUACAUGGAUAUUUCUUCCUCCCAGGAUCUCAGAAAACCUUUGAUAACGAAUUGAGAAAAUGCAGAAGAUCUUUCCAACAGAUGAAAUUGCCAAUACUCAAGCUUUUAGAAAAGGAAAGAGGAAAAGGACAGAGACAAUGGACUUAGAAAAUGCAAAUAAUGACCUGGAUAAAGGACAGAGAGACCCAUAUUCGGGAAAUGCCUUUCUGCCCGGUGAGAUCUCCAGUGAGGAUGAAGAGCCCUUAGCAGAACUGUCUAAGGAGGAAUUGUGCGCCAAAAUAAAAAGCCUGAAAGAAAAAGUAACAAACACCCGAAAAGAAAACAGCCGACUUCGACAGUCUUUGGUCAUGCUUCAAGUGUUACCACAGGCAGUCACCCAGUUUGAAGAGCUGGUUGGUAUGGCAGAAGCCCUGCUUAAAGGUGGAGGAACCAUGUCUACGUCUGCGUCCACCCUGUGGAGAGCAACAAACAACUCCUCCCCAGAUUCAUUUACUUCAACAUGCAGUAACUCUAAUUCUAAUUCCAGUUCACCAGUUUCCUUGAAGGCUGAGGAAGAGCAUCAGACUGAUAAGAAGCAGUUCAAGAUUGAGAAAUGGCAGAUUGCCCGUUGUAAUAAGAGCAAGCCUCAGAAGUUUAUUAAUGACUUAAUGCAAGUGCUAUACACAAAUGAAUAUAUGGCCACACACAGCCUGACGGGAGCAAAAUCCUCUACUUCAAGGGACAAAGCCGUAAAACCAGCUAUGAAUCAGAAUGAAGUUCAAGAAAUCAUAGGAGUAACAAAACAAUUAUUUACCAAUACAGAUGAUGUUUCAAUUAGGAGAAUGAUAGGGCAAAAGCUAAACAACUGUACCAAGAAGCCAAAUUUAAGCAAAAAUCUUAACUCUCAGGAUAUUAAGUAGAUUCUUUUGGUAUUAUAGGUAUCUGUAACAAAGCUCCUUCCGUUCUAAAUCUAGCAUUGGAUUUUGUGGAGAAUCUGCAACCUUCCUGGCAGUGAGCAGAGACAUACAUCUGCAGUGACAAGCUGUAAGACAUCGUAUUAUCACUGGGCUCCCCGAGGGACCAACAAGCUCGCUGAAGAAGCUGCAUGUAGAAUCCCUCCUAAAUACCAGUGAUGCAUCAGACCAGAGAAUUUCUCCCAAUCAAAUAAGCAUGCAAUAUCAUGUUUUGGAAAUAUGCAUUUCCUGAUUCCCCCAUACUACUCUGUACAGCUAACUUAACUGGAUAGUCACAAUUCUUAUCAUAGCAACAAAAAUUUCGACCUUUAAGAUUAGUCAUUGUCCCAACUGAUCAUUAUACAUUUAUUAUUACCAAUGACUCCUCCUUAGAGUUUUUGAAUCUUAGCAUAAGUACAUGUUUGGAAAAGUAAACAGUGAAAUAAUCAAUGUUCACAAACAUGAGAGCAGCAAAUUCAGAUAAUCAUGAAAAUAUGAUAAUCAUGACUAACAAGUAAUAAGAUUUUAGCAAUAAAAUUAUAGAAUUAUUCCAUUGUUUAAAAAUGUAUAAAAUAGGAAUAUGAAAAAAUCUUGCAGGUGUCAAGAUUUUUUUAUUUUAAUAUGAUACUACUCUAACAUACACACACACAUACAAAUCCAGGUUUGGGGGAUUGUUAAACCAAUGCAUUGAUUUUCAGAAUUUUCUUUUUGCUUGUUUACCAGACAUGUUUUAACUUUUUAUUGCCCAAAGUAUAUUAACUACAUAUGUGUAAUAUAAAACAUCAGUAUCGCCUAAGACAUUCUAUAGAAGAUAUAACAUCAUAUCUAUUUGGUUGACUAUGUUGCUAAACUGCUUAGUUUUAGCUGAUUUAUUUUAAUCACAGCAGAAGAAAAAUGAGUUGAAACAAUCAUAUGGGUUGAAUAAUCACACACACAAAUCAUUUUGUAAAUCAAUAGAAGAUUAAACACCCAAAGCCUUCCUGCAGGUCAGGUUGUCAUACAUGAUAACUCUACAAUGAGAAGCCAUGCUUCUUCACUGCACAAGGUCAUGUUUAAACUUGGAAAAGAGAAUGCUACAAUAGUUACAAAGUUCAAUAUCCCAGAUCCAGGGCACAUUCCAUAAAUGUUGCUUGAUAACAAUGUAGUGGUAUAAAUUAAAUGUUCUUAAAGAAAUAACUUAUGUAACAUUUGCUACUUUUACUUAAACAUAAAUAAAUCCCACUGAAAAGAUAAAA